AUGCAGCCCUUGUCACAAGUCUCCAGCGACAAGGUCAAGGCCGGUCUUCAGGGGUCAACUGUAGGCGCCAGCGCCGCCACCGACCCCAUGCGAGAUUUGACCGGGUCCACGGACAGCCACUUCCAGAAUGUCUCCAGCCACGCCUUCUCCCUCGCCAACACUACCGGGAUGUCCGCGUUUCAGAAACUUCUGGAACCGGUAGAAAACUUCACGGCGAUUGAAAGCCUCGUUGAACCGAUUUCUAACGUCACCACUUUUAAAAGUCUUGUAGAACCGUUAGGAAAUCUCACGAGAGUUUCAAAUCUCGAGAAUGUUUCAGACAUUGGCGCCCCUCUCAAUUUGAUAUCGAACCUUACACCGAACUCGGAUAUUCAGGUCUCACCGCUUACGUCAUCAACCGACAGCUCCGACUCUGCUGCCACCCUGACCCAAGCCCUCGACAGCCUCCUCAACAACCUGACAGCAUCCUACGAGCACUACAAGUCAACGCUCUCCUCCAACCAAUCCAUAUCGUUCGAGGACUUUUUCCACUCGACCUUCUCGGUGGCCAACACCACCCAGCCCGCAGUUCGAGACUUCAACCUCACCUCUCCACUUCCCAGCCCAUCCCUCCAAGGCUUCACCGACACCAUCCUCUCCUCCACCGAGGGCAUAUGGGCCGCGUCCUCCUACGAUAAUUUUACUCACUCCCUCUCCUCCAACGUGACGGAGCCGCUCUAUGGCGUUGAUCGCACGACCGCCGAGGUGGUCUUUAUAUCUAUAGUGGUCAGUUUACUGGCCAUACUGACCGCUGGUGGUAAUAUGCUCGUUAUCGUCGCGUUUAAACUGGACAAGAAUCUUCAAACUGUCAGCAAUUACUUCUUGUUGAGCCUGGCUGUAGCUGACUUGACCAUUGGUAUAGUGUCCAUGCCAUUAUAUACGGUCUACCUGCUGAUGGGCUACUGGCCGUUAAAGGCUCUAAUGUGUGACGUGUGGCUGUCGCUGGACUACACCAUGAGCAACGCGUCUGUUGCCAACCUUAUCAUCAUCAGCUUUGAUAGAUACUUAAGCGUCACUCGACCUUUGACAUAUCGAGCGAAAAGAACGCCGCGAAGGGCCGCAACCAUGAUUGGCUGUGCGUGGGUUAUCUCCUCCAUUAUUUGGACGCCCUGGAUAUUUGCAUGGCCCUACAUAGAAGGCGACAGAACAGUUCCUGAGAAAGAAUGUUACAUCCAGUUCUUAAAAACGAACCAGUAUAUAACCGUUAUAACCGCCAUGUUCGCGUUCUACAUCCCUGUUAUAAUUAUGUCUGUGUUGUACUUCAGAAUUUACAUGGAGACGCAGAAAAGGCAAAAGGAUCUGCCAAAAUUGCAAGGCAUGCACAAAUCAAAGAAGAUCAAAGACCCGCAGCGGCUGCACCAAUCGAGCAAGAAAUCCAUGGCGUCCAGCGACGAGGAAGGUUAUUCUAGCACGAGCGAGAGGGGGAACCACAUAAUCGUCAACCAGAUGCCCCACGACAGCGGAGAAACCGGAAAUGUGAAAAGUAAAUUCCUGGGUUGUAUAAAAAUUGACCGGGACUCGGACUACCUGGAGGACUCCAGCUCCAGCGAGCCGCCGGGUUCCCCGCCCACUUCCAACGCUCAUUCCAACAACGCUUUGCCUGCCCUCGCCACGCCCAAGUCCAACGGAGACAAAGGUCUGCCCCGGCAAGACUCCGAUAACUCCAACACCAGCCUACACGUUCCCUUCGCCAGGCCGUCUCGCUCCGUCAGGAUGAACUUCAGCACGUCGUUGAUACCGCUGCUUCCCAUCGACACGCCCAGCCCGACCACACCUUUCUCCAUCUACAGAGAUAUGAGCCUGGAUACCAUGUCCUCGACGCCCGAUCAGUUCCUCUCACCUUUCAGCGAGGUCUUGUCUUCAAGGCCCCCUUGCACUUUAACAACAUCUUUCUCCGAUCCUAUUUCGAGCGUCAUGCUCGACCACCCUGUCACAGACCCGUCGUUGGCUACACUAAAACGACCUCGGAAAGAAAGCGACGACGAAGAUGAGGACGACGAGGACAGCGCCAUGUACCGGGUGCUGAUCCGCCUGCCGGACUCUGCUGACGGUUUCAGCUCGCGUCCGACGAUACGGAUGGAGCCGGAGGAAGACCUGGAUAGAUUCAGCGAGAUGAACCCAUCGCUCGUCCAGAGAAACGACAGCGACACGGACGACGAUGAUCUCCACCUCAGGCGGUUCCAGGACCGGCCGUCGCUACCACCGCCGGUCCGACCGCCGACAGGGACGCCGGCCCUGGCCCGCCGCGCCCACAGCAGUGACUCGAAUAAAGUGGCCAUGCAGGCCAAAAUCGCGGCCAAGGCGGCCACUCGGGUAAACAAAGCUCGGCAGAUAGCGCGGUCGAAGAUGCAAUCAAGGCGGCAGGAGCGGCGGCAAGACCAGAAGGCGGCCAAGACGCUGACGGCCAUUUUGUUGGCGUUUAUUGUCACGUGGACGCCAUACAACAUUUUUACCGUCGUUGAGGUCUUUUGUGAAGGUUGUGUUAACAAAACUCUAUAUGCCAUAGGCUACUGGCUGUGCUACAUCAACAGCACCAUCAACCCCCUCUGCUACGCUUUGUGCAACGUCAACUUCCGACGAACGUUCUGGAAAAUCCUGACCUGCCACUGCAAGAAACGCCGCGGGUCCCUGCACCGUAUGGUGAUGCCAGCCAACCACAUCAACAACCUGAUACCCAGAUGA